GGUCCCCUGCGCGCGUGUGCGUGCGCACGAGUGUGCGCGCGUGUCAGCGUGUGCGCGUGAACGCGCCCCUCGCGCCCUCGCACCAACCCCCAAACAGACUUGUGCCCGUCAACUGCAUCUUCCCAGACCGGUGUGGGAACAACGGCCAGGUCCACGUCCUGUGUGGCGUGCCGAUGACAGCCGCGAGGCUUCCUUCCCCAAGCGGUCGCGGGCGGGCAAGAGGCAAAGUUUGUCGGAGAAUCGGGGUGACUUUGCUCGGGGACCCGCAUCUGCGCGAAUGCGCGGUGCCGCGGAGCGCGUCUCGCAGCAGCUCCGGGCUGGGGACCGGCUGUCCCUCGCUCCCGGAACCCCUUCAGGGGUGUGUUCUGGAAAAGUGGCGACAUGAGCUAGAGCUGGAGCAGCAGGAGGGAGCAACUCGCACCCNUGCAGCCCAGGCGGGGAGGGCGCGGACCCCGUGGUGCUGCCCUGCGGCCGCGAUGAGGGAACAGCCCUCGUUUGCCUGGCGCUGAUACUCGAGGCUGUGGCGGUAGUGGAAUGCAAAAGCCAAGACUAAUGGAAACAGGGCCUAAAGACCCCUGCAGGAUGCCUGAGGCAAGUUUACCCAGGCGAACUCCACAGAAUGUUCCCUACCAGGACCUGCCUCACCUGGUCAAUGCAGACGGACAGUACCUCUUUUGUAGAUACUGGAAGCCCAGUGGCACACCCAAGGCCCUCAUCUUUGUGUCCCAUGGAGCUGGGGAACACUGUGGCCGUUAUGAUGAGCUGGCUCAUAUGUUGAAGGGGCUGGACAUGCUGGUAUUUGCCCAUGACCAUGCUGUGAUGCCUGCUGCUCUGCAGUCAGCCCUGGUUAUAUUUGUGAGACUUGUUUGGCAGAUAAUAUUCCAGGGUUAUCCCCGAGGCGUUUGCUGUGGGGGACGCUGUCAUUAUUAAGCCCAACACUCUGCACACUAGAAAAUCCUGAGACAAGAAUGCUUUGUCCUGUUGCAUCCGUCUCCAUUAAAAUCCAUUGUCGUUGUCGUGGUGUGCUGGUGACCCCUUGAAUUGUUGCAGUGAGCACCCUGAAUCUCGGGGACCUGUCUUACAGCUCAGCGUCAGCCGUCAACCGGCUGAUCAGAUAAACUGAUAAGCCAGAUGAAGUCAACGGGAGGUUUUGUUUAUAUCGCCUGGCUGAGGUGCUUGGAAAAACCAUUUUUAAAGCAUUUUUCUUAUUAUUGUUUAAGAGUCCAGGGAGCAAAGAAGCAGCCCACUUCUUGAUGUGGCCGCCAAGAAUAAAUAAAUCAAUCUGANUUUGCAGCAGAGGUCUCUGUGAUGUUCUAGACGUCAGGAAGGAAUGAUGGUGGUCACCUGUUCCGAGUUCCCAGAAGGAAACACUGGGAACACCUCUGCAUGUGCCAAAGGGAGGAGUCCGAGUCAAACAACCAACCCNGUUGAGCUUGUGUAUGUGUGCACACGCAUGCGCCGUCCGUCUCUCCAGACACAGGGGCACAGCCCCCCACCCACCCACACACAGAGUGGGUCCAGAUCCCCACUUGAUGACAAAGUCCAAGCCUUCUUUCCGCGUGGGCCCUGAUUCUGUCAGAUUGGUGACGUAACAGAGAGAAAGAAAGGGCCUAGCUGGGAGCCAGGGGAGCCCCUCCCCUCCAGGAGUCAGGGAAGACCAGCUGCUGUGCUGUCUCCCCAGCUGUGCUGUCCCCAGGGCUAUGAACAGAGGUGGCACAGCUUGGGUGGGGGGCUUACCCUGGCAUUGAUGCCUUCAGCUGGGUCAUCUCAGACCUGCAGAGGCCAUGGGGAGAUAACAUGAAGGUAGAGACAGGAAAUGUUGCACGCAGCAGCUGGACAGACAGCUCACAGCAGCUACAGUGCUGCCUCUCACAGUGCUAUUUAUGGACACACGGGUGACUGUAACCCCGAUGUUGAUCCGUGGAACCCUGGAGGUCUCUGCCCAGCCGCCUGCUGGCUUCUCAUUAGCUGUAUCCCCUGAGGCUGUGCUGUGGCUCUUGGUCUGGCCCUGUUUCUCNGGUUGCCUGCAGACAGAUAUUUAGCUUUGCUUUCUAUUUUAUCCUUUGGANUUUUCCAGAAUGGCCUUGUGGGUUUGGAUAGGUUACCAGAGGGGAAACCAGGAUGCUGUCUAUCAGUGAGGGAUGCCUGCCAGCCCCGCAACAGGCACUUGUCCUAUGUUAUCUCAGAUUCCUCCCAAA